AUGUCAUCUGCGGAGUACCGCCAAUUCUGGUCAGGAUUCAUUGAUCUGUACCGUCAGAACGAGUGCCUGUGGCGUGUCAGGAGCCCGGACUAUGCCAACAGAAUCAAGCGGAAUCGGGCAUAUCAGCAGCUUAUUGAGUACAGUAGAGGCAAAAACUCUGAUGUUGAUGUCGAUUGGGUGAAGAAAAAAAUUUCAAAUUUCCGAACAGUGUUCGUGAAGGAACGCAAGAAGGUGCAAGAUUCACAGCGAUCCGGAGCCGGGACUGAUGAGGUCUAUAAACCGACGCUGUGGUACUAUGACCAAAUUCAGUUCAUUAUAGAGCAAGAGGCGCGGGUAAGGUCACGGGACGCUCUAGAUCCAGAGUCUCCAGUUCUUGUCGAAGAGGAGGCCCAGGAGAGUCUGGAUCUGGAUGCUACCCCGGAGCUGGAGGUGGAGCCUACCACAGGCCAAGGGGCAGAAGUGGAGGAGCCGGUAGCGGAGCCGGUAGCGGAGCCGGUGGCACCCCCACAGGCGCGCCCAGGAAGACCGAGGCGCACGGCAAGGAGGACCACUUCUGCAGCCUAUAGCACCCCCUCUGGCUCCCAGCAGUUUUUUCAACGCGCUGAGGAGGUUUUGCAUAGGCCCCCGGAUGCCGAACAACAAUUUGGCAAUUUUAUUGCAUCGGAAAUGCGCCUGAUGACGGAUGAUCAAAAAUUCAUCGUCCAACGGUUAGUCAAUGAGAUUGUCUCACGUGGCAGGCGCCAAACACUGGUGUCGGCGUGUGAGAUAGUGCCAACUGACCCUUGGUAUCACCCAAAUUUGUCCCGUCCCCCCUUCCCAAACAACCCCCCCAUGGAGCAUGCGCCGGUAAACCCCCCUCAGCAACCAAAAAGGGUGAGGGCAAAGCCAGGUGAUGAUGGGCAGAAGGAUCAAAGUAGGAAGAAGUAA